CCUUUUGUUUUCUUUCUCUUUUUCUUUUGUUUCUUUCUCCAUUUUUUAUGGCAAUAGAUCAUUAACACCAAGAACAAGAAAGACCAACCAAGAGGGUUCCAUUCCUUUCCAUUCAUCACCUCAAAAAAAUCUUGCAUGCAUUUCAUUUUCUUCAUUCCUCUCUAGAUCCAUCAUCUUUCUCCAAAUUCAUCUAAAAAAUUUGCUUUUUUUUUUUUUUUUUUUUUUUCUUCUUCUUCUUUUAUUUUUAUAUUUCAAAGAAAAAUUGGAAAAAUGUUAACAAUGUGAGAUUUGAUUCAUAUGUAACAUUAUCAUUGUAACAUUGUUGGUAUUGUUGUUUUUGUUUACUUUAUUUGUUACAAACAAACGUUGUUUUUGUUGUCUUUGGUUUCAACUUUCCUCUUUUGGUUCACGUGUUCUUCAAAACACAAGAACCACAAUUUUCAAGAUUUGAUUUUUACAUCAAUGCAUGGUUCAAAAUCGAAAAUUUCUUCAACCCCAUUUCAUAUGUGGAUCUCAAUUUCACGUGGAACCUUGCAUUUCUUGAAAAUUUUACUUUUUUAGGUGAACGAGAUCUAGGGUUUUUGAGGUUCAGAAUUGGGAAAAUUUUGUGGUUUUGGUUGGUUUUGAUUGUUUCUUGAUGGGUGAAAUGUAAAAGGUUUGGAAUUGGUUGAUUUCAGCUUCUGGGUUGCAAUGCUGAAGCAAAUUUUCAACAAGCUUCCCCGGAAGACAUCCAAAACCUAUUCGGAUGAGUCGUCUCGAGUUGAUUCAUCACGUGCCGCAGGUAAAAGCCACCAGCGACCGCAGGGUGCCGCUGCUUCGUUGAAACGAGCUUCGUCGUCUGCGGUGUUUCCUGCCAGCAUGGUUUCUGGUAUUGAACCUUUGGUGCCAUUUAAGGAUGUUCCAAAUGCUGAAAAGAUGAACUUGUUUGUGAGCAAAUUGAGCCUUUGUUGUGUGACAUUUGAUUUCACUGAUCCUGGUAAGAAUGUUGCUGAGAAAGAUGUGAAAAGGAAAACUUUGGUUGAACUUGUUGAUUUUGUGGCUUGUGGAUCAAUGAAGUUUAGUGAACCUGCUAUUCUUGCAAUGUGUAGAAUGUGUGCUAUUAAUUUGUUUAGAGUUUUUCCACCGAAUUAUAGGGCUAAUGGUGUUGUUGCUAGUGGCGGUGAGACUGAUGAUGAUGAUCCUAUGUUUGAUCCUGCUUGGCCACAUUUACAACUUGUUUAUGAAUUGCUGCUUAAAUUUAUAUCUUCAACGUGUCUUGAUGCUAAGGUAGCGAAAAAGUAUAUCGAUCAUUCAUUCAUUUCCAAGUUGCUUGAAUUGUUUGAUUCUGAGGAUCCUAGAGAAAGAGAUUGUUUGAAAACAAUUCUGCAUAGGGUUUAUGGGAAGUUCAUGGUGCAUAGACCCUUUAUUCGGAAAUCGAUUAACAACAUAUUCUACCGAUUCGUGAUUGAAACUGAGAAACAUAAUGGGAUUGCUGAGUUGUUGGAGAUUUUCGGGAGUGUGAUUAGUGGAUUUGCUUUACCUUUGAAAGAGGAACACAAAAUCUUCUUGUGGAGAGUUUUGAUCCCCUUGCACAAGCCUAAAUCUUUGGGGGUCUACUUUCAGCAACUGUCCUUCUGUAUUACGCAGUUCUUAGAAAAGGAACCAAAGCUAGCAAGCAUUGUUAUAAGCGGUUUGUUAAAAUAUUGGCCAGUAACAAAUAGUCAGAAAGAAGUGAUGUUUUUGGGUGAAUUGGAAGAAAUUAUGGAAGGAAUUAACAUGGUAGAGUUCCAAAGGAUCAUGGUUCCGCUGUUUUUGCGGAUCGGGUGCUGCAUUAACAGCCUACACUUUCAGGUAGCUGAAAGGACCCUUUUCUUAUGGAACAACGACCACAUUGUAAAUUUGAUUGCUCAUAACCGUCAAGUGAUUCUGCCCAUCAUAUUUCCAGCACUUGAUAAGAAUAUCAAAAGCCACUGGAACCCAGCAGUUGUAAACUUAACUCAUAAUAUCAGAAAGAUGUUCUUGGAGAUGGAUGAGAAGCUUUUCAUAUCUUGUCAUACUAACUUUAAGGAGGAUGAAGCAAUUUUAAUCUCGGAAGCCGAGAAGCGAAAGGAGGCAUGGAAACAACUAGAGCAAGCUGCCAGUCUCAAACCUGUAAUUGGAAAUACUGCUGUCUUAGUGUCUCCUUUGAUGACAUGAACUGCAUGCUAGCUGUGGAUUUCCAAAAUGCAGGGGUAUCUCGGAAUCCUCAAGAAUUGUUGGGUGGCAUUUUGGUUUUGGAGGCUAUGGUGUUACUUCUGGCAACAAAAUUUAGCGAUGCUGUUUUGAUUACUACUGUGGUACAUGCAGUGGAUGUGGAUCAAACGAUUAUAUGUAUAAGAAGCUUGUUUGUAAUAUCUUCCUUCUUUCUGUGUAUGUACCUUCUUACAUUACAGUCCUUAGUUGCUCUCCAUUAAAUACAAGUACUAACCCGAGAGCCUGUUUGACAACUGCCCAAGUUUGUAUGUUUUAGAUUUUAGUUGAAGCAAAUGGAUAAAUCGCUCUUCAAUUCGCUAUUAUUGUUUAGCAAAGGAAGUUUUUCUUGUUUUUUA